CGAAAGAACACACGAUUGCAAGUUUGAAGUCGUUUCAGCGGCUUAUAGUCACUCAACAGUCACAAUCAUGUCCCCUUCGCCAGCGACCGCGACAGCAGGACAGCGCGAGAAUGGUGGGAAAAACAGGUUUGCGCAUCUGCCUUUGUCGACAUCGGGAGCUCAGGAAACUACGUUGACGGGCAACGCACUCCUCCGCACGCCUUACUUCAACAAAGGCUCGGCCUUCACAAAAGCAGAACGCGACACUUUUGAGCUGCACGGUCUGCUUCCAGCCAAUGUACAGACACUUGAAGAGCAGGUCAAGCGCGCGUAUGCGCAGUACUCCUCGCGCUCUGACGACCUGGCCAAAAACACAUUCAUGACGAGCAUGAAGGAGCAGAACGAUGUGCUGUAUUACCGACUUAUUCUCGACCACUUGAAGGAAAUGUUCUCCAUCAUCUACACGCCGACCGAAGGUGACGCUAUUGCGAAUUACUCGCGGCUGUUCCGAAGGCCAGAGGGAUGCUAUCUCAACAUCGAAGACGCAGAUCGCGUUGAACACGAUAUCGGUCAAUUUGGAGGCCCGGACAACGUCGAUGUGAUUGUUGUCAGUGAUGGGGAGCAGAUCUUGGGUAUUGGCGAUCAAGGUGUCGGUGCUAUCCUCAUUAGCGUGGCGAAGCUUGUCAUCUAUACGUUGUGUGCGGGUAUUCAUCCUUCGAGAACGCUUCCAGUGGUGCUUGACUGUGGAACGGAUAACGAGGGUCUGCUCAACGACGAGCUCUAUCUCGGUCUACGCCAAAAGCGCGCAAGAGGAGAGAAGUACGACAACUUCGUGGACACAUUUAUCCAGGCGUGUAGGAAGCGAUACCCCAGGGCCUAUAUCCAUUUCGAGGAUUUUGGACUCAAUAAUGCACGCCGGAUCCUCGAUAGGUAUACGCCAGAUAUAGCGUGUUUCAACGAUGAUGUUCAGGGGACUGGGGCUGUCACGCUUGCUGCUAUCAUGACGGCGUUUCAAGUAUCGGGCGUGAAAUGGGCUGAUGCGCGCUUCGUCAUGUUCGGAAGUGGAACUGCUGGCACUGGGAUAGCGGACCAGAUCAAGGACGCGAUAGUGCAGGAAACUGGAAAGUCUGCGGAGGAAGCGGGUGCACAGAUUUGGUGUGUGGAUAAACCUGGGCUAUUGUUGAAAUCUAAGAAAGACCAACUUACUCCAGCACAAAUUGCUUAUGCACGAGAGGACGGAGAAUGGAAAAGCAAACCGCAUGACGACCUACUAUCAGUAGUCAAAGAAGUCAAGCCGCAUGUCUUGAUCGGUACAUCUACUGUUGCUGGCUCGUUCACGGAGGAGAUUGUGAGAGAAAUGGCCAAGCAUGUUGAGCGGCCAGUUAUUUUCCCCCUGUCUAACCCGACACGCUUGCACGAAGCAAAGCCUCAGGAUCUAUUUGACUGGACAGACGGAAAGGUCCUCGUGGCUACUGGCUCGCCAUUCCCACCAGUCAAGUAUGGAGGCAGCGAGUUUGAGAUUUCCGAAUGCAACAACUCGACGACAUUCCCUGGGAUCGGCCUCGGAGCUGUACUAUCCCGCACAAAGCUACUACCGCCAUCUCUCAUCGUCGCCGCUGUCCGCGCAUUGGCUGCUGCUGCGCCGAUUCUCAACGGGAAGGGAUCUGGGCUGUUACCAGACGUGACAGAUGUCCGCGAGAUCAGUGUCAAGAUUGCUAGCAACGUCAUCCAACAAGCGAUCAAAGAGAAGCUCGCACAGGAGAAAGGAAUACCGGAAGAGGAAGACGAGCUGGAAGAGUGGAUUAGGGAGCAGAUGUGGAAUGCAGAAUACAGGCCAUUGAAGUUGAUUCGAGAGAAUGAGGCUUCGAGGUUCGCGAAGGGAGAGGCUGGACCGGGGAGCCAUGGCCGAGGUGGGAAGGAUGCUUGA